AUGGGGGUUGCUUCAAAAACACUCGGCUGGGAAUUUCAGGCGCCCCGAAAAGACUACUGGCACAAAUGCAUCCUUAAUCGUACUGCGCGCCAUACAGUUGCUCAGGUGGUACACUGCACGUCGGGAGUUGUAUUGUCGGCUUCAACCGAGGAGCCCUCCAUCAACAAACACUUAUAUAGUAACACUGAUACGUCAGCGGCAGAAAACAUUGGCCGCAUUUUGGCUUACAGGUGCCAGUGUCUGGGAAUCGUCUCGCUCUUCUUCGAUGCUGUUCUCUCCAAGAUAAGACAAGGCUAUGUUUGGGACGAAUUCUAUCACCGAAUGGUGAAACCCAAGGAUAUGGCUGCUUGGCAGGUCGAGCAGGAUCAAAUAUUUACAGAGAAUCUGGGUAAAGAUAUUUCAGAAAAGCUAGCUGAAGCCGAAAAACCCGCAGAAGUUUACAUACCCGAAAAAUGGAGACUUGAAUGA